UAACGUAUACAAUUCUUGAGCUCAAUACGUUGGUAUUUUUCUCAUUCGGUCACCGACCGCUGUUUGAGAAAGUGCUCCAGCUCUGUGGAUCUUUCCAUUAAGCUUGUUUGUUGUGUAUUUUCCAUCAAAAAAAAUCACCAUAAUAUACAAAGUUUGCCAAUAAAGUGUGUUUUGGCAUUUUUGAGGGAAAAUUCGAAGAGAGAAAAUCUUAAAAUUGCCAUAAUCAUAAUUCUUUAGAAAUAUUGAGAAGAAGAUUUUAAAUAAUUUGUCUCAAUAAUAUUUUUUUGUGAAUCAAAUUCGGCUCAAAGGACCAUAAAUCGCGAAGGACUCACAAUUGAGACACCGAGAAUAAAAUAAAUUGACGGUUAUUGUGACAUGAGAACAGUGUUGAAAAAAAAUCGUGAAUAAAAAUUGCAAAUAUAUAAAUUGAAUUCCCAUGUGAAAACCUCCUUUUCUCACAUACCAACAUAGGAAAAGAAGUUUCUUUGAUUCAAUCAUCAAAGUGAUGUGUUUGUGUUUGAUGUUAUAUGCCAGUAACUUUUGAUGCGAAAAGGAGUGUUGGGAUUCAUCGUGGAAAGAGUUGUGUGUGCCGAGAGACAGAAAACAUUUUUCAAUUUUUACCAAUUGAGACGAAAAGAGAUUAAAUUAAAUUGAAUUGUAAGACGAAGAGGACGAAGACAGAGAGGAGAAGAUGGAGAAAAAAAUGUUCAACGACCCAACAUUAAUUCAAAUAUAACUUCGACAAAAAAAAAAGAGUAAUAAUAAUUUCCCUCAUAGAGUGAAAAGGAAUAAAAGACGUUGCAGCAUAAAAAAAGAGACGCUGUGAAUUGAUUAAAAUCGUGAAGUUGGUAACUGUAAUUUUAAAAUAUUAUUCAAAAGUCUCCUCCAUUGAAUAGUUUUGUAUGGAAUCUUUUUUUCUGGGAUGAACGUGCUCCCUUUUAUUGCACUAUCGAGAUUAAUUUCUGAAAUUGGCUUUUGAGGUGCCUGUGUGUGGAGGUAUAAAUUAAAAAAAAUUAAAGAGAAAAAAAGAAAAGAACGUUGAAUAAUUGCCAAGAGGAAAGAGAAGAGAGAAAAAGACAAUAUUAAUUAUAUUAAAUUGAUUUGUGCUCGAGAUUAAAGGUUUUUUUUGCGCGUGGUUCCUCCUGCAAAAGAAAAGCGAUUUAGUGAGCAAGUUAUAUACUUUUUUUGCUCAGGGUGUAUAGAAAGACGUUUUUGAGGUGUGUUUAUUUUUUCUCUCUCUGUCUACUUAUGAUAUUCAUACUCAAUGUGUGUAAAUAUUAAGAGAUACUCAAAGAAAAAUAAUAUUGCAAAUCUCUCGUGAAGAGUUUCAUUGGAAUUAUUUUGAAUAUUUGUUUAGAAAAAAAACACAGAAAGCAAAAAAAAGUGCACGAUUUAGUUGAAAGUUGGCCGGUGAAAAAAAGAAUGUGUGUGCAAUUGAGGGUUUUUAUUUCUCUCCAUCUUCUGUGAAAGAAAAUUUUUUUUCGAACAUUGAAAAAAAAAGAUUUGAUUGAAAUAAAAAAUAAAAAGUGGUGCAUUUAAAGGGAUUUUUGUGAUUUAAAAAGAAAAACGUUUAUAGUGCUGAAAGUGCUGAAGACACUUGAAGUACACUGAGAGAAAAGUUAUGGAAGCUUACAAUACAGGAUCCGAUUUGAACGUUAACAGGAUGUUCGAACAAUAUUUAUACAAGAGAAACGACGAGAUCGACGUUGCUCUAUCCGUGCCACAAUACAACGGUCAUCAUCAGCACAGUACGCAACAUUUCGACAUGAAUGACCAGACCUUUCAUACGCCAUCUUUUGGAGAUGAGGACUUUGAUAUUCCUACAAUGCCUCAUAUGCAGCAGCAACAGCAACAACAGCAGCAACAGCAUCCGCCACAGCAGACACAGCAUCAGUAUCAGAUGCAUUCUACACCACCUCAUCAUAUGGGCAUGAUGGGGGAUCACUAUAGUCACCAAUGGCACUCGGAACAGCAACCUCAGCACAUGGGGCACCACAACACGAAUUACUCAAUGCCACCACAGGGUCAGCCAAAUUAUCCCCUUACGAGUCCCACGCACCAUCAGACGCAACAACCAACGCAUCAAAUGUUAAUGAUGCAACCGCCCCAGCAGUCACCACAGAUGGCCCCACAGAUGUCGCCGCAAAUCAGCACAGGAGGUGGAUACAUUGGGAGGUCGCCACCACAAGGAGUGCACGGGCAAACGGAGACAGGAACAACCAGUGAUGAUAGUGAUGAUAAUGGAAUUCCUGUAAAUACAUUGAAACGACCAUCACCAGAACCACUAAUGAGUGAUUCGGCAAAUUCACCCAAUGGAAGUGGAAAUAUGCAGGGUAUGAAGGGUUCAAACUCAUCAGCGGCCAGUAAGAAACCCAAAGUCCAGAAGAAGAAAAAGAAGAGAGAUCCAAAUGAACCACAAAAACCAGUGUCGGCGUAUGCAUUGUUUUUCCGUGAUACCCAGGCUGCCAUCAAAGGUCAAAAUCCCAAUGCAUCGUUUGGGGAAGUAUCGAAAAUUGUGGCAUCAAUGUGGGAUGUUUUGGCAACGGAACACAAAAAUGUGUACAAGAAGAAAACUGAAGCCGCAAAGAAGGAGUACUUGAAAGCUCUCGCUGCCUAUCGAGCAAGUUUAGUGUCAAAGGGAAGUGACUCAGAGCAGGGUCAGUACCCGUCACCACCUCAUCAGCAGCCCCAACAGCAGGGUGGCCCGGUGGUGACUCAGCAAUCGCCGCAGCAUCAGCAGCAGGGUGGUGCCCUUAUGGGUGCUGGACCACCAUCUAUGGCGCCCCAAACGAGUCCACAUUUGCCUCGUCCACAGCAGCCGCAGCCGCCGCAGCAGCAGCCCCAGCCACAGCAGCAACCACCCUCGAAUCAGGCUCCAUCUCCGCACUACCCACCCUACUCGUCACCCUACAAGUCGCCCCCACAGCAUCAACAGGUCAUGAUGCAGCAGAGUUUGCAAAUGCAGCACCACAAUCCACAUCUGCCGCAUCAGCAGCAGCAAUCGAUGAUGAAUCAAAUGAAUUCGAUGGGUUCGAUGAUGGGACAAAUGAAUCCACCGCCGCAUCAGCAGCAGCCACCGCCGCAGCAGCAGUCGCCCCAUGUGAAUCCCAUGAAUCACCCCGCCAUGAAUGGGGGGAUGAUGGGAAUGGGUGGCAUGCCCCAGUAUAUGAAUCAACAGAUGCACCCGGCGCAGCAGCCACAGCACGGGCAUCAAAUGGUGGGGCCCCCUGGGGGUGGCGGCGGGGGUCAAAUAAGUCCGCACACGGUGUCGCCAGUAUCUGGAACUCCCCCGUCGAAUGAGCACCACCCAAAUCAGUGCAUUCGGCACGGCUGUACCAAUCAGGCUAUUGUUAAUCAAGACUGGGAGGAUGAAUACUGCAGCAAUGAGUGUGUCAUAACACAUUGCAGAGAUGUGUUCGGAAAUUGGGUACAAACCAAUUCACAGCAGCCACAGACGUAUUCUGCCGUCAAAUAAAUUAAUCUACUUUCUAGAUUUAUUUAGUUUUCAUUUGGGACUAAAUUUUAUCAACAAAAGAAAUUGAACAAGACAUCACGUUCGAGAUAAGAAGAAUUGAAGUAAUUUUAAUAAUGAAAAAUUGUCCCUUCAUUGAGAAAAUCUUCUAGCAAAAUAAAACGACGUUCAUUUGAAUUUUUUUAUGAAUUUUUUUGACGUUGUAGAUUUUCAUGUGUUGAAUUUUUGUAAUAAGUUUAAGUGAAAAAAAAAUGAAAUAGAAACCUCGAGAAAUCUUGGAAAUACUUUUAAUUUUUAAUUUCUUCAUUUUUAAAAGUAAUUUUUCUUUAUACAAAUUCGAAGUACAAACUUCAUUUUUCUUUCAAUGGGAAAAAAUUAUGGGAUUUUUGUUUGAAAUUUUAUUAACAAAAUCUUUUGUAUUUUUCAUUUUUUUGAAAAAUACAUUGUUACUCUUUUUUUUUGUUUUGUUCACUACGUUGAACUUUUAUUUUUAUAGUUUUUCACGUAAAGACCCAAAAAAGAGACAUCUAUAAAAGCUUGAAAAAGAAAAUCUCGGAAUCAAACUUCGCUGUAGAAGAAGGAAAAAUUUAUUCUCUAUAAUAGAAAUUUUGUAAAUAAAAUUAAACAAAAGUGAUUGCCAUAGAAUUUUUUUCUUGAAAGAGUUGAAAAUAAAUUUGAAAAAAAAAUACAUUGAGGGUCCACAGUUGUGCGACUUUAUUCCAGAAAAUAAAAGAAAAAGAAAAUGUGUAUAGAAAAAGUUUUUAAUAAAAUUUAAGGAAAAUGUAAUUUUAGUGAAAUAAAAUUGGAAGUUAUUAUUUUAUUCUUGAAUUAUAUAAAAUUAGAAUUUACAAAGUAAUAGGAUCCUUUUACCAAUAUUUUUUUCAAUAUCCUCCUUAAAGUUUUAAGUGAGAAAAUUUAGGAUUUCUCUCACCAGAGACAAAGAAAUAUUUUUUAAAAGAAUUUAGAAAGAAAAUUUCAUGCAAUCUUCUGAUCAAAAAAAAUAUGAAAAAUAAAUCUUUUUUUGGGAAAAUGAAUAUAAAUUUAAAAAAAAAAGAUUUUGGGACAUUGAAAAAAAAGUGAUGUAAAUAAUUUUGAGAUCUCAAUGCCUUUGAGAUGAAUCAUCAAUAUAUUUCUGAGCCAAUUGAUGCUGAAGAUUCUUUAGAGAAGCCCAUUUCUUAAUUAAAUCCUUUUUAAAUGAGAGGAGAAAAAAAAAGAGUUGCAAAGAAUAAAAUAUUUGCCAGAAAGGAGUUCCAUAAGAAAGGAAUAUUUGAAAUAAAAAAAAGUAAUAAAGAAAAUAGUUUUAUCAUAGAAUAAAUGGAAAUAAAAGAGAAAGAAUUAAAUUAGUUAAAGAAAAUAAUAAAAUAAAAAUAAUAAGACUAUAGUGAGUUAGAGUGAGUGAAGAAUGAAGACAAUUUCCUAUAGAUUUUCUUCUAUAUUAAAAACAAAAAUAGAGAAAACAAAGAUUUUCGGCAAAAGUAUUUUGUAAAUAUUAUAAAUUUCCUAAGCAAUGGCAAAAAAAUCCGGGAAUUUUGCAAAAAAAAAUUUAGAAGACAAAAAUAAUUUCUUUUUUGUUAUAUUUUUCAUAAUUUUACAAAAUUCUUCUGCGAAAAAAAUUAACAAAAAAAAAACAUCAAAAUUGCAUUAAAUUCUUUUUAUUUGCAAUUAAUGAAAAUAUUUUAUUUUCUCAAACAAAAAAAAUUCUCUGUCGUACGUAAAGAAAUGAAAGAAAAAAAAUACAUAAACAGCAGGAUAAAAAAUAUUAAUUAAAUUAUAUAUUCAUUAAAUGAGGAAUAAAAUAUACGAUAAACGCUAUAAUUGAGUAGAUAAAAGUGGAAAGAAUUAGGAAGGGAUUAAAAAAAAUCUACACAGAAAUAUCUUAUUAAAAAAAAAAACCUAGAGAGAAAGAUUUAAAGUCGUAGUGAAGGAUGCGAUACGAAGGAGAAAACCAAUAUUGAAAAUGGGAAGCAAAAAAAAGAGAGAAGAUAAUAAAGGAAGAAAAUAUGCAAGAAGAAUCGCAAGAACUUGAAACCAAUCUCAUUUUAUCUAUAGAGCAGCAUUUUUUUCUUUAGUUUUUGUACAAAAAAAAGAAGACGCAAGAUAAGGGAGAUAAUUUCAGCAAGAUGAGAGCUUUUACGCGAAAUGAAGUGACAGAGAGGAAAGGAAAUGCGAUUGGAAAUGAGAAAGAAAAUAAAUUUGCGCAGUAUAGCGGAAAAAAUGUAUAUAUAAAUAUUUAAAAUAAUUAAUAAAAUUUCAUCAAUAUUAGA